AUGUCUUUCUUUGAUUUGUCUCACAGCCAAAAGCCUUCCAUCACCACCAAGAUUCUACCUUGCUUUCUCAUAUGUGGUUUCCUUCUUUUUGUGAUGAUUCUUUGUGAAGCAUCUGCCAAAUGUCAAGCAGCUCAACUUCCACAGAGCCGUCUUUCCGUCGCUCUCUCUCAACACUUUUCAUUUCUUUCUCUUUUACCGAAAUCUCUCGAACAUUCGUCUAAUUCUAAUCAUCAUAAUGAUGAAAUAAUUAUUUAUUUACCAAAAUCAAUUUCUUCAAUUUUUGAUUCCACACAAAAUGACAACUUUAUUAUUGGAUUUCCAUUAGCAGAAUAUCUCGUGCUCAUUGCUGUGUUGAUUGCCGUUUUUGUCAUUGUCUUAUUCAUUGCUCCAUGUAUCGUCUCAUUUGUGGUUUUAUGUGUUGCCAAAUGUACAGUGAAUACAGACAGAUAUCAAAGAUUGACUUUUGACAUGAUGGAUCAUUCCACUGCCGUUGAAAUGCAAGACAAUUCUACGAGCCCAUAUCCAGUGACCACAUUGAAUUCAGGUUGGCAUCGAGCCAUUCAUUCAAGACUGUUUGACACUUCCUCAAAAGAUUGUUUAUGGUUACUAUGUUUGGUAAUCACUUGGUUGCCAAGAAAGAUUUUUUGUUGUGGUUUAUUGGAAGCAUGUUGUUUUUUACGUUUGACAAGAUUUCAUGUGAGAAAUAUGAGAGUUGGAAAUAGAAAACUUGAUUUGGAAAUUUCAGACACUUGUCAUUCCAUGGUGUUGAUUAGUGCCAUUAAUCAUUUGUUAAGUUUUUACACUUGUGGAUUGUGGAAAGCUUUGGGAUUGAUGCAUCAUUUCUUUUUGUCAAAACUCGAUCAGAGAUUAAUGUGGAGAGAAAAGGAUGAAAUUUAUCCACACGGAGAAUAUGAUCAAGCCACUUCUGUCACUCCUGAAAAUGGAAAUUCCACAACCAUCAACACCACAACUGCCAGUUAUCAAAAAUUAAUUUGGAACGAAACUGAACCUGGCUCCUUCCUUUGGUUCAGUGCUUAUUGCGGAGAAUCCAUCGAGCUCACUCACUGGUUCUUUAACGUCCUUAACGUUUUCACAUGUAGUUUUUUGGGUCCAAUUAUUAAGGCAUGGUAUUUGAGGCAUUUGAUGCGAAAUGUGAAAUUUGGAGGAAAAGGUGAAUUUGUAUUGGUCGAAGAGGCCACUAAUCGAAUUACGAGUCGAAUCGCAAAUUCUCCAAAUCGAAUCAUGUUGAGAAGUGAGUUAGAGGGAUGUGAUUUGUUUUUGAGAGAGUUUUUAUUGAAAGUUUUGAACUUUUUGACUUUUGGAAUUUUUGGAUGUUUGUUUGGAGAGAGUUUUAUCUUGUCAUUUAUGGAUGACCAUAUGAAAUUGGUUGCAGAACAUUAA